AUGGCUGAGAUGCUCCUGAAGGCCCAAAAAUACAUGAACGCGGAAGACGCUCUAGCUGCCAUAAAAGAUACCGAGAGGCUAGGAGACAAGUCCAAGAGGGAAGACGACCGCAGAGGGCAAAAGAGAGACAGACCAGAAUGUCGGAACAAUGACGGGAAUAGAAGGAAAGAUGACAAAAAUCCUCGUCAGAACAAGUAUUGCCGGUUUCACAGAGACCACGGCCACAACACAGAAGAUUGCAGAGACCUGAAGGAACAAAUAGAGGAGUUAAUACGGAAAGGAAAGUUGCAGAAAUAUGUAAAGAAAGGAGAAUACAGCAAGUUCAGAGACGACAACAGGACCCAAAAUGAAUCCUUCACUCGGGAUGACGACCAUACGUCCCAACCUCCACGCAAAGUGAUCGGGGAGAUAAACACGAUCACGGGAGGACCGAUCUCAGGAGGGUCAUUCAGAUCACUUAGAAAAGCAUACCACAGACAGAAGGAUGAAGGAGACGCCAGGGGAGUGAAGCAGCCUCACAACGAUCCCCUGGUCAUAGUGCUGAAUAUAGAAGGGUUCACUACCAGAAGGAUCCUUGUUGAUAACGGGAGCUCAGUGGAUAUCAUCUACCUCCCAGCCUUCCAGCAGUUGAAGUUAGAUCCAAAAAGGCUUCGUCCAUUCGACUCUCCGCUUGUUAGUUUCAGUGGAGACAGGGUCUACCCCAGGGGUAUAGUAACUCUGACGGUGACAGCAGGGACCUAUCCGUUACAGCUGACCAAACAAGUAGAUUUCCUGGUUGUAGAUUGCCCCUCGACCUACAAUGUCAUCAUUGGGAGGCCUACCCUAAACAAGUGGAAGGCAGCAACGUCAACUUACUGUUUGAAGGUGAAAUUCCCAACAGACGAUGGUGUGGGGGAAGUGAAGGGUGAUCAGGUCCUGGCAAGGGAGUGCUACCAGGCCGUACUGGCCAGAAAGGAGAACCACACGUGGACGAUAGAAGAAAAAGAGGAAGACGGAGUAGAGAUCCUGGAAGCAGUGGAAUUGGUAGAAGGAAAUGCGGACAGGACAACCAGGAUAGGGACGACGCUAAGCCCUGAGAUGAGAGCGAGACUCAUAAAGUUCCUUAAAGGGAAUCUUGAUGUCUUUGCAUGGAGUCACGAGGACAUGCCAGGCAUAUCUCCAGAGAUCAUCCAGCAUCGACUGAAUGUGGACCCCAACAGGAAGCCCGUUUAG